AUGCAAACACCCAAACAUGACGACGACGACGACUCUGAAUUCUCUUAUAAGGUCCUCGAUAGCAACAAACGGUUCCUCCAAUCAUCAAGAAAGCGACGACUAUUGCUUGAUGGGUCUUAUCAACCGGUCCAUCCAUCAGCCAGCAUAGCAUCUUACCACGACUUGAAAGACAACAACAACGACAAUCUGCACUACUCGAUUACGUCCGGUUUCCUCUCACCAAAAUCACCCGAUUCGCGCGCUUCCUUUGAGCAAGACAAGUUCUCUGAUAUUUAUGAUACCCCUUAUGAUGAUGGAUCAAGCGUGUCCCAGUGGCAACUCACAGAUGAACUCCCUUCAUUGCCAUCAGACAAGCUAUACAAGGCCAUCCCAAGCAGUGUACCAAGUUAUAUACGUGUGAAUCAACUAUUUAUAUGGGCGGCACAACUUGUUCGGAUGCAACAGGGUGAAAAUGGGAUAUCUGGUCAAUCUAGUCAAAAAGCGGAUAGGAUUGCGAAUCGAGUACGUGAUCGGUUGAUUGAGCAAUUGAUCGGAGGAGAAUGCCAACCAUCAUCAUUCAGACAUCAAGAGGUUGAUGAUUCAAGCUUGAGUAAAAAGAUGCCACAUCCUCGAAAUGAAAAGAAUCGAGAAACAAUACGUGAUCUUCAAGAGCAUUUACGGAUGCUACUCAAAGAGAGAAGUGAAUGGGAACAAGAAUCCACAAAGGUGUUCAGUGAUCACGCAGCCACACUUGACGAAUGCAAUACACACGAUGGAAAGGAAAAGUUGACCAACGAGAUAUUGGAUGAAUUACCCGAUUUUCAAAAACAAUUCCUCGACAAGUAUUGUGCUGAAAAGGAAAGCGACCAAGAGACAUCAUCAUCAUCAUCACGGCCCGUAUCAACAACUCAGGCGAUGAAGAUCCCUCAAAGGCUGCGAGACAAUAUACCACGAAUGCGACAAACUCUAUUUGUACUACAGCAGCUGCAAAAGAAGGCUAGAAGCUAUUGCAAUGACAAGACGAGAGAAUACGUGGAGAAAAGUGAUACCAAGCCAAAGUAUAUGCCAAAGGAUGACAAUCUCAUGGUGCUGGAUACUUCCAAACAUGAUGAUGAGAAGAGGAAGGAUGGCGAUAUCGAAAUCCUAAGGUUACUCGGUUCCUCAGCAACCUUCUAG